GUUUGCGUCGAGGCACAGAGAGGAACGCACGUCAAAAUGCCGAGAAAAGUCUACGUUGUCGGAGUGGGCAUGACGAAGUUCGUCAAGCCUGGCACAGCUGGAGACUACCCUGACUACGCGAAAAUAGCCGUUGUAGACGCCCUAGCUGAUGCCAAGAUCAAAUACGAUGAUAUCCAGCAAGCCGUCUGUGGAUACGUCUUCGGGGACUCCACAUGUGGACAACGUGUCUUAUACCAAAUCGGCAUGACCGGGAUCCCAAUCUACAACGUCAACAACAACUGCUCCACCGGAUCCAACGCUUUGUUCCUCGCCAAGCAGCUCAUAGAAGGAGGCAUCAUCGACGUCGCCUUAGCCCUCGGCUUCGAAAAAAUGAGCCCCGGUGCUUUAGGAAACGGAGCGUUCACAGACAGAACCAAUCCUUUGGGAAAACACGUCGAAAAGAUGGGAGAAAUGACCAAAGUCCUACCUGGACCUUNCGGACCAUUAACUCCGCAGUAUUUCGGUAACGCCGGUCUUGAACAUAUGCAGAAGUACGGAACAACUGAAGUUCAUUUGGCUAAGAUUGCAGCGAAAAACCACCGUCAUGGAGUGAAGAAUCCUAGAGCUCAAAGUAAGAGGGAGUAUACUGUUGAAGAGGUUCUGAAUUCAAGGAGGAUUUACGGUCCGUUGACCAAACUAGAGUGCUGUCCUACUAGUGACGGUGCCGGAGCAGCUGUCCUGAUGUCUGAAGAAGCAGUCAUCAAGUACGGUUUACAGGACAAAGCUGUGGAAAUCAUAGGCCAAGAAAUGGCCACUGAUACUGCUGCUUUAUUCGCUGAAAAGAGUCUGAUGAAAGUUGCGGGGACAGACAUGACUGCUUUGGCUGCGAAGCGUAUUUAUGAGAAGACUGGUAUUUCUCCGAAGCAGGUGGAUGUGGUGGAAUUACAUGACUGUUUUGCUGCAAACGAAAUGAUCACUUACGAAGGUUUGCAGCUGUGUGGGGUCGGUGAAGCUGGGAAGUUCAUUGAUGCUGGUGACAACACGUAUGGGGGUCAAGUGGUGGUCAAUCCCAGUGGGGGGUUGAUAGCUAAGGGGCAUCCUUUGGGGGCUACCGGUCUUGCUCAAUGUGCUGAGCUGGUGUGGCAACUUCGGGGUGAAGCUGGUGAUAGACAGGUGAAAGAUGCCCGCAUCGCUCUCCAACACAACCUUGGUCUAGGUGGCGCUGUAGUCAUCACCAUGUACAAGAAAGGAUUUUCAAACAUUCAACCCAGAAAAGUUACGGAAAAAUCGAAAUUGUAAAAGUGUCAACUACUUUUACUACCUUAAAACUCGACCUUAUAAUAACAUAACAAUAGGUACUUGGAUUUAAUACGAUUUAAAUUCAACCAAAACUUAAAUGUAAUUAUAAGCUACUCAAUUGUAAACAACAUAUAAAAUUAGGUUAAAAAAGUUUCCUACGUUUUAAUAAUCGGAAAUUUCUGUACAAAGAGUAUUUGAUUAAGACUGUUUAAUAAAUAAAUUCCUACAUAAA